UUCAGGACAAUCCCUACCUGCACUGAUUGGCAGCUGCUAGCAGAGGACUUGGCUCUGAGGACUGUGAGCACUAAAAAUGGAAGAAUCCCAACGUUUUACCCAUAACCACUCUUUCCUUGUGCUCUUCUUCAUCUCCUGGAGCCCGCUGGCCUUUGCCCAGUAUGAACACUGGCCCUACCUCCCCAGUUACCCUGAGCCACCCCCACCAGUUUACCAGCCCCCCCAGAGACCAGCAAAUGUUCCCAAAAUCCAGCUGAGACUUGCAGGGCAGAAGAGGAAACACAACGAGGGCAGGCUGGAAGUUUUCUACAGCGGGGAGUGGGGCACGGUCUGCGACGACGACUUCUCCAUCCACGCUGCCCACGUGGUCUGCAGGGAGCUGGGCUACCAGGAGGCAGUGUCUUGGCUACCAAGUUCCAAGUAUGGAAAAGGAGAAGGGAAAAUUUGGUUGGACAAUGUCCACUGCAAUGGGAAGGAGCCCACCCUGGCAGCCUGCACAUCAAAUGGUUGGGGAAUAAGUGACUGCAAACACACUGAGGACGUGGGGGUUGUCUGCAGUGAAAAGAGGAUCCCUGGCUUCAAGUUUGACAACUCUUUGCUCAACCAAAUCGAGAACAUGCACAUCCAGGUGGAGGACAUCAGGAUCCGUCCCAUCCUGGCCACGUACCGCAAGCGAGUGCCCGUCACCGAGGGCUACGUGGAGGUGAAGGAUGAAGGGACCUGGAAGCAGAUUUGUGACAAGCACUGGACCCUGAAAAACUCCCGGGUUGUCUGUGGCAUGUUUGGCUUCCCCAGCGAGAGGAAAUACAACACCAAUGUCUACAAGAUGUUUGCCAGCAGAAGGAAGCAGCAUUACUGGGCUUACUCCAUGGAGUGCAGUGGGAAUGAAGCUCACAUUUCCAGUUGCAAACUGGGAAACCACCUGAACGUGGACCUGGAGAAGAAUGCCACGUGUGAGAACGGGAUGCCAGCAGUGGUCAGCUGUGUCCCUGGUCGUGCCUUUGCCCCCAGCAGCCACAGUGGCUUCAGGAAAGCCUUCAGGCAGGAGCAAGCACUGGUGAGGCUGAAAGGAGGAGCCAAGACUGGGGAAGGCCGAGUGGAAGUGCUGAAAAAUGGGGAGUGGGGAACAGUUUGUGAUGACAACUGGAACCUGGUGUCAGCCAGCGUGGUCUGCAGGGAGUUGGGCUUUGGAAGUGCCAAGGAAGCAAUAACAGGAGCAAGGCUUGGGCAAGGCAUGGGUCCAAUUCAUCUGAAUGAAAUCGACUGCACAGGCUUUGAAAAAUCAGUCACAGACUGCAAGUUCAACAUGGAAUCCCAAGGCUGUAACCAUGAAGAAGAUGCUGCUGUGAGAUGCAACGUUCCAGCCAUGGGGUUCCAGAACCAGCUACGUCUGAGUGGUGGCCGCAACCCCUACGAGGGGAGGGUGGAGGUGCUGGGCCAGCAGAAUGGGACCCUGAGAUGGGGCACAGUCUGCAGUGAGAACUGGAGCACAGUGGAGGCCAUGGUGGUGUGCAGGCAGCUGGGGCUGGGCUUUGCCAGCCAUGCCUUCCAGGAAACCUGGUACUGGCACGGAGACAUCAGUGCUGACAACGUGGUCAUGAGUGGUGUCAAAUGUUCAGGGACAGAGAUGUCCCUUGCCCACUGUCGUCACGAUGGAGCCCACGUCUCCUGUCCCAGGGGAGGAGGUCGUUUUGGGGCUGGGGUGUCCUGCUCAGAGACUGCCCCUGACCUGGUCCUCAACGCUGAGCUGGUGGAGCAGACAGCCUACCUGGAGGACCGUCCCAUGUUCAUGUUGCAGUGUGCCCUGGAGGAGAACUGUUUGGCCAGCUCAGCUGUCAACACCUCCAUCACCUCCGGGUACCGCCGCCUGCUCCGCUUCUCCUCCCAGAUCCACAACAAUGGACAAUCCGAUUUCCGACCCAAAAACGGUCGCCACGCCUGGGUCUGGCACGACUGCCACAGGCAUUACCACAGCAUGGAGGUUUUCACCCACUAUGAUCUCCUGAACCUCAAUGGAACCAAGGUGGCUGAGGGACACAAAGCCAGCUUCUGUCUGGAAGACACAGAGUGUGAAGCAGAUGUGCAGAAGCAGUAUGAAUGUGCCAAUUUUGGUGAGCAAGGCAUCACUGUUGGGUGCUGGGAUGUCUAUCGCCACGACAUCGACUGCCAGUGGAUCGACAUCACGGAUGUUCCCCCAGGAGAUUACCUCUUCCAGGUUGUCAUCAACCCCAACUAUGAGGUUGCUGAAUCUGAUUACUCCAACAAUGUGAUGAAGUGCAGGAGCCGCUACGACGGGCAACGCAUCUGGAUGUACAACUGCCACAUAGGUGGUUCUUUCAGUGAGGAAACAGAGCAGAAGUUUGAUCACUUCAGUGGACUCACAAAUAAUAAGGUGUCCACCCGAUAGAAGAUUUCUGCCUCCCACCCCCACUAUUUAAAGAAGAGAGGUUCCUGCUUUGGUGAUUUCCUUUAACCACUGCACAAGAGAAAAAAAACCAAAAAAAUCAAGCAAACAAUCAAAACACUCAAUUAGCAAGGUAAAUUAUUUGCUAAAAGAUGCCUUCCUUCCCAGUUUAGCUGCUCAGACCACGUGUGUUGCUUCCAACUCCAGCUCCUCCUCAGGAGGCUCUGAAACUCUACUUGGCUCUGUGUCUUCACCAUCCCAACCUUCUCCAGCAUCAGUUCUCCCUUCACUUUGCAGUCCCUCCUCUAGCCCAGGCUGCAGCUGGCACAAUUUGUCCAUUUUUUGGGGGCCCUCAGAGCUGUCUUUACCAUUUGUUCCCUUCAAGGCAUUAAUUUCGGUCUCUUUAAGCUCCUUGAUGCCUCCGUGGAUGCUGCUGCUUCUCCAGCACAGCAAAACCUCAGUGCUGCCAUCUCAUUCCUCCGGUUUAGCAAAGAAACACAGGAAAAGAGAAGAAAAAAACCCAAACCCACAGCAUUGCAGCAGCUUUUUCUGGGCAGAAGGGGAGAAUAAUGCCUGAUUUAAUACUGCAGAAAAACUCUUGUGGGCACCAAUCAACUCCCAGCAGCAGCUCUGAAACUGUUUCCUCCAUGAAGCUCCAACUCCCUCAAAAUAUCCAAGAACUUGGAGAUUUGAUGAGUUCCACUGGACUGAUAAUUUCCAUUCCACAGUAAGCUACUCACCCCCUGGAUGAAAACAUCUAAAUCUUCCCUUCUAAGCUGGAUAUUUCCUCUGUCUUCCCUUUAAAGGAUUUAAUUAAAAGCAUUGUAGCAUCACUGAACCUUCCAAAGGUAAAUUCCUGGCUUUCAGGGUCCCAGACCCACUUGUGUAAGGUGUCUUGCAAAGGGUUUUUACACUUGGUAAAUUCACAAUGGUGCUAAGCAUGUUCCUCUGUUUGUUUGAGGAUGUGCAGUGCUACAGAUUUAUUUUUUUUUUUUCAGGCACAGCUACUUGAAUAAAAAUGGUUUACCCAGACCCAAUGUUUUAGAUGCCAUUUGUGUAUUUCUCUUCCCUGAAAAUCAAGGGUCUUGUUCCCUCAUUCCUGGUACUGAAAAGUUUCUUCUCCCACUGUGUUUUGGACAGAAGACUUUCUACAAGCAGCUCCAGGGAAUACUCAAUGCUGACAUUUCAGUCUAGAAGGGGAUUGAAACUGCAUUUAAACUUGUGCUCUCCAUCACCUACCUCACAGGGAUGUUGUGAGGCUUAAAAGGAUGCAGAAGGCUUUUGCUGAGGCCUUUCAGAUUUGUUAUUUAUCCAGUGGCCCAGCUGCUGGCAGCUAGCAAAGGUUUUUAGUUGGAAAACUCCAUUUUGUUCUCAGGAUGCUGGGCUGGGGAGCACCAAGAGGCUGAGGUGUGGUGGAUGCUCUUGUGAUCUCCUAACACCAGGCUCUGGCAAAGCAAAACUGACAAGUUUGGGGUUUUUUUUUUCCCCCAAUCACUAGAUACCAACUUUCCAUGCCAACAGUGCAGCAGAACAGAUCAGGCUCUGUAAACCCCAGGUAAAUAAGGACAAACUCUCCAACUCGUUUGCAUUCAAAUACUUGUCAGUUGGGUGAGAUUUUUAACAAGAACAUUACAACCAAGUAAACAUUAAACAGAUUUUUCCUUUAACUCCUGCAGAUGCUCUGCACUUCGAGAUGAAUUUUGGCCAACAAGAUACAAUUUCUUUAUUCUAAUGCAUUUUUUUUUCUUUAAUGCAUUUUUUUUUCUUUAAUGCAUUUUUUUUUUAAUUCAUGGCUGCUCUGCCAGCAAGAGAUGCUUUGAAACAGAGCAGGGCAAGAUGUGUUUGCUCCUCUGUGAUCAGGAGCUUAACACCAACCCUCCUGGGGCUUGGCUCUUCAAGAUCUCAUGAACAAAAAACUUUAGAAAGAAAAGACCAGUGCUAAUCCCUAGAGAACACCCUGGUGACAACUUACUCUUCUGCAUGCAUAAUAUUGCAGCCAUGCUCAUCCAGACAUCUUCUUGUGUUUGGUUGGGGUUGUUUUUUUUUUUAGCUGAGGUUGGUUUAUUCUUCCUGGUCCAAGUUUUCUGGCAGGAGCAUUUCAGUGCCUGAGCUGUCCUGCUGCUUGUGCUUCAACCCCAGGGCCCUGGUCACCAACCUUUUGGCCACUGCAGUGUCAGUUUGGGGUCUUUCUUUUGCAAGAUGAAGGAGUUCUGGGUGAAAAACAAACAAACAAACAAAAGGUGAAAAUCAUUAAGUGCUUGUCCAGGAAGAAUCAUGAGGCUAAACCACAGGACCAGCAGCAAAAGGGCUGAUUUCUAUUAAUUCCUGUACAGAAUGAAAAUGAGCAAAUCAUUCCAUCCC